AAGGAAUCUAAAGAAGAAACACUGGAGCCUGCAAAACCUAGUCCAGCACCGGAAAAGCUCCAGAAAUUGGAAAGCAAAGAAAAAGUUUCAGUUAAAAAAGAGAAACCAGCAAAAGGGGAGACCAAACCUAUAGUGGCAGAAAAAGGUGCUAAAAGUAAAGAAGAGCAAAAAUCUGAAACUCCUGAAAAACAAGCUACAGAUGUAAAAGCAAAAGUGGCAAAGGACAAGCCAGUGAAAAAGGAGGUCAAAGCAAAACCUGAAGAAAAGAAAAAAGAAAAAGAAAAACCAAAGGAAGAGGUUUCUAAAAAGGAGGAGAAAACACCCAUGAAAAAAGAAGAAAAACACAAAAAAGAAGAGAUCAAGCAAGAAGUUAAAAAAGAGGUGAAAAAGGAAGAAAAUGAAACUAAGAAGGAAGUCAAGAAAGAAGCUCCACCAAAGGAAGUUAAAAAAGAAGGUAAAAAAGAUGAGAAGGAAAUUAAGAAGGAAGAAAAAGGAAUAAAAAAAGACAUCAAGAAGGUUCCUAAAGAAACAAAGACAUCUGCUGCUUCAACUGAAGUCAAAAAGCCAGCAGCAAAGCCUAAACCACAAAAGAAGGAGGAACCUACUAAAAAAGAAGCUAUAUCUGCUGAAAAGCCAAAGGAAAAAGUAAAAAUUAAGACUGUCAAGAAGGAGAUUAAAGUCAGUGGAGCUCAAGCUGCUCUUGCAAAAGUUGGAGCCACUACCACAACUGUAGCAGUUGCAGAAAUUGCAGCUAGUGGAAAAGAGCUUCAAGUUGAGAGAUCCCUUAUGUCUUCACCAGAG